AGAAGAGACGCUUCCCUGCUGUUAUGUGUUCAUCCUUUUCUUGUGUAACCUAAACAUUGUUUAUUAAUUUACUGCUUAUUGCUUCGUCAAUAACAGCUCCAGUCACAAGUGCCUACCUUAGUUUAAACAGAGCCAUCAUUGGGUGGUUUAGAAAUGUUUUGUAAAGUUAGACUUGGUUUUGCCACCGCGGCUUCCAUCAGGCUCCCCUGUAGUGUAAAUCCAAGGACAGGCAGGCUGGGGACGCCUGGGCUCUGCAGACACCAGCGGAGGAACCACAGCUCCGACUCUUCGGCUGUCAGGGUGUUGUAUGAUGGGAUGUGUCCCAUCUGCCUGACGGAGAUCCGCUUCCUCCAGUUCCUGCAGAGAAACCGACCAGGGAACGUAAAUUUCAUCGACAUCUCUAACCCAGGCUAUGAUGGGACAAAAUACAAACAUGUCAGCUAUGAGAUGGCCAUGGAGGAGAUGACCGUGAUUGACGAGAAAGACGAGGUACAUCGUGGCGUUCCAGCGUUUGCAGUCAUGUAUGGUGCCGUUGGCCUUGGUUGGUUGGGUCGCUUCAUGAUGUGGUCACCAGUGAGGCCAUUUAUGGAAAAGGCGUAUGCUGUCUUUGCUAAGAAUCGACUUAAGUGGACUGGAAGGGCAGAGGAAUGCCCCUCAGGAAGCUGUAAAAAGAAACCAGCUGAUUCCUGACCUCGUUUCAGAAUUAAAUAUUUAUAUUAAGAAGCCAUAUUAAAAGCAAUGGUUUUCAUAUUGUAAUUAAUGGCUAUUGUGUUAUAUAAUGUGUCAAAGGGACACAUGGUUAAAUUACUGUAGUGAAAGAAAAGUAUUAUAAAGACAGACUUGAUGUUUUUUUUCCAUUAUGAUAUGAGUUGUACAGAGUUGAUGCUGUUCAUUCAGUUUAAUAAAAAAAGGUUUUAAAAACACCUAAAUAUCUGCAAAAAUGGG